UGCAAAGAUAUUAUUUAUUUGUAUUGCGGUAGGUACUAAUAGGCCACAGAUCAGAUCAGAGCCCUUUGGAGCUGGGUGUUUUACAUGUGUAUAGUAUGAGACAGUUCCUGCCUCAAAGAGCUUACACUCUAAAAAGAGAAUGGGAGGGGAAACGGAGUCAGUAAACACUAAAGUGAUUUCCAUAAGGUCACGCAGUACAUCAGUUGUAGAACCCAGCUCUUCAGAGUCCCCCUCCAAUACAUUGGACUAAUAUUUUAGGGAGCAUUUCUGUCCACCCAAAGGAUGUAAUCUCAGAUGGUGCUGAUUUAAUGGUGUUCCAAAACAGGGACAGGGAAAUCAACCCAGUCUUCCCUGGUGUUUAAAUUUGAAUAUGGGAACCCCCUCCACUACCUCCCUAUUUGAUGGAAUAAAAUGUUCUCUUUUAUCUUGUGUCUCUAUGGUAGCUACGUUUUCUCCCAUCAUCUCUGGUCUCCUCUUUUCUCUCUCAUCUUACAUCUGAAUUCUGGUCUUUUUUUCUCUCAUGGGGCUUCUGAGAGUGGGUGUGAAUUUCCCAUCGCUAACAGUCUUCCCUUCUCUUCAGCUGAACGAGUUAGUGGUGGGAGAUACCAAUGGGAAACUCUGCGUGUACAAGAAUGACGAUAGCAAACCCUGGACUGUGCGCUCCUGUCAAGGAAUGCUCACCUGUGUCGGUGUUGGGGAUGUGUGUAAUAGAGGAAAGAAUCUGGUUGUUGCUGUGAGUGCCGAGGGCUGGUUUAAUCUCUUUGACCUGACUCCUCCACCCUCAAAGCAUCCAGAUGCUUCUGGCCACCAAGAACCUCCAGUGGCAGAUGAGCAAAAGCUGGUAUUCAGGCAGCACAUUCCUGCCAACACCAAGGUCAUGCUGAUCAAUGACAUUGAUGGAGAUGGGAAGUUUGAGCUGGUGGUGGGUUACACGGACCGAGUGGUACGAGCCUUCCGCUGGGAGGACCAGUCUGAGAGCUCUGACCACAUCUCUGGCCAGCUGGUGCUGCUGAAGAAGUGGCUGCUGGAGGGACAGGUAGACAGCCUCUCUGUGAACCCGGGCCCUGAUGGUGCCCCAGAGAUGAUGGUGUCCCAGCCAGGCUGUGGCUACGCUAUCCUGCUGUGCACCUGGAAGUCAGACCUGCAGCCCCCAGCAGAAGAAGGAGACAGCUCUGCAACCAGCAGGGAGGCCCCAGUUCGGGAUGUCAUCCUUCACCAGACAUCUGGCAGGAUUCACAACAAGAACGUUUCCACUCACUUAGUUGGCAGCAUUGGUCGAGGUUGCACUAAAACAGAUGCUGGCUCAGGCCUCUUUGCGCUCUGCACUCUGGAUGGAACAUUGAAGCUCAUGGAGGGGGCAGAUAAGCUGCUGUGGUCUGUGCAAGUCGAUCACCAGCUCUUUGCUCUGGAAAAACUGGAUGUUACUGGCAAUGGACACGAGGAGGUGAUAGCCUGCGCCUGGGAUGGCCAGACGUACAUCAUCGACCACAAUCGGACUGUGGCCAGGUUCCAAGUGGAUGAGAACGUCAGCGCCUUCUGUGCAGGCCUCUAUGCGUGCAAAGGAGACCACAACAGCCCCUGCCUGGUUUACGUCAGUUUCAAUCAAAAGAUCUACAUCUACUGGGAUGUGCAGCUGGAGAGAAUGGAAUCCACCAACCUCCUGAAGAUACUAGAAACCAACCCAGAAUACAGGGAUCUUCUGCAGCAGCUGGGCGUGGAGGCAGAUGAUGUCUCGGCUGUCAGAGAUCUGAUUCACAAGACCCUGUACUUCCCAGAAAAGCAGCCACAGAACAGCUCUUCCCAACAUCGGGACCCUGCUGGAGCAGACUCCUCCAACCACCCCACCAUUCCUGAAGAUGGUUUAUAAUCAGAGCUGAGCUUUAAUUAGCACCUCUUCUCGCAGUAGUGACUCCGUUGCAUCAAGCUCAGUUUGCAUCUUGCAUCUUUGUCAGUGUAGACUUCCAGUGAGCUGGCAGCAGCAAACACGGCACUGUGUUAGAAAUGAGCUUUCAGAUCAGGAUUGAGGUAAGAUGAGAACAGGGUGCUUGUUUUAUCCAUGCAGGGUGGCAAGUUCAUUGCCCUUUAAAGUAGAGGCAAUGAAGGUCCACUGAGGUAUUCAGCUCUCAGCAGCCAUGUUCUCUGCUGCCCAGACUUGUGUUUGUGUGUGGGGAAGGGCAGGGGGUGGGGAGUAGAGAACAGCAAACUUCAGUCCAGUUCUUGAUAAGUUAUUUGUGCAGUACCUGUGGAGUUGGUCCUCUUGAGUUUCUAGCAGCUUAAGGGGGGAAUCAGCUGGUGGUAGAGAGGGCUUUUGGAUUGUUCUUUUUUUUAUCCCAUCUCCAUAUACAUGAAUUACUAGACAGACCUGGAGCAUUACUCCUGCUUCAGUUCAGACACCUCCCUUGGUCCUAGACCUCCUCUCACAGUAGCAGCCUUUCAUUCCGAGGGGUUGAUCCCAUGCACAGGGCUGAGUUGUCUCCCCGGUACUCAUGAGAGGGAGAUGUGUAGGGACACCUAGGCUUCCCUAGCAACGGUGCUGGCAAAAGCAACCCGAGCUGCCCUUAGUAGGAAUACAAUCAAGAGAAAAUGGAGCUCCCAUUCUGGUCGCUCACAUAAAUGCUAUGGGCCCAGCUAAUCCCUGGGCUGACUCUAUGUUAUUUAUACAGAGCAGUCAAGAAUUGGACAAUACAUUGAAUCCAUUCUAAGCAUUGUUCUAUGAUCAUGACAAGCCUUGCAACCAGCGGUGCCACUGUGCCUCCCAGCCUUGCACAUCUGUAACAGCUGCAGUAGUGCUACUCUGCCUUCCGCCUCUACACACCCGGAACAGCUAGAAAGAGACUCAUGUUGCUUUCUAGCCCUGCAUGUGUAAUACCUAGGAGAAGUGGGCACUGCAAAGCCUGGGACCAUGGAAGUCCAGGUCCAGCACUCUACAUGGUUGGGGGGUAGGGGGCACUGCAGCUUCUGCAGGCGCUACUCUGCUCUCCAGCCCUUGCACAUCUCUGUCUGCUUUACCUCCUUCAGUCCAGCACCACUCUCAGCUCAUUAAGAUGAGAUCAACAGGCAGACCUGCUGCUCUGCAUCCAUUAUCACCUCUCAUCCAUGUGAUGAUUUAUUUAACAUGCAUAAUGGAUGGACCUUUCCUCCCCCUGCCCCACCACAGAGAGAUUUGGAUCCGACUCAGAGGAAAUAUAAUUAAUUCAGUGAUCACUCCUUAGCAAAUGAUAACAUGUAAGGAUCCCACAAGCUGUUGAGCUCCUGCUGCACCAUGUUCUGCAAAACACUCUUCAGCACCUCAAAACACCAAAUUCCCCGCUCAUUUCAGGAGAGUAGAAGUCCCUGCCCGGGGAGAGAUAUAGAAGUGGAACAGACAGAGUUGGGUGAGGUGGGAAGCAUUUGAUCAUUAGACCAUAAUCCUCAACUCCUGGGAGUUAUUUAUGUCCAGAGAUCUCAAAGUGUUUUAGAAAUAAAGGUUCUCCCUAUUUCUCAGCUAUAGAAAGGGAGGCACUGAGAGGUAAAGAUCCCUGCUUCAGGCCACACCGGUGAGUUGGUGACAGAGCUGGGCACAGAAGUAAGUUUUCCUGAUUCCCAAAUCCUGUGCCUUCCCCCAUCCAAUUCUGCUCCACAGCUACAGAGAAAGCAGGUUUUCUCUUCCCCUGUAACCAGUACAGGGGAUAGCAUUAUGGGUAAUUUCUUCAACAGUGCUUAAGGCCUAGAUUAUGAGGAUUAUGUCCCUGAAUAUCUUGUAAGGGCCUAGGCCUAAAUGACCUAGGACCUCAAGUCCCAUUGAUUUUUUUUUUUUUUAACAUUGCCAUUUGUGGAUAGGGAGGGGUUGGAGUUUCAGGAACACUCCUGCACAAACUGAAACUGGGCCUUUAAGAUGUAGAAGCAUCUGUUGAAAAAAAUCAACUAGCCUGUAGGAAACAUUUAGUGAUGAAUGAGAUGAAGCUGUGGGGAUAGUUAUCCAAGGGCUUGUCUUCACUAGAAUAUGCCAUUGAGCAGUGAUCUCAGCUAACACAAUACUGAGUAGGACUUUUCAGGUGCUGUAGACAGGGACCAGCCAUGUUUCACACUGUGCCAGCUGGUGAUGGGUUACUAGUAACCACUUAUCAGGGCUGUGUUUUUAAUUUUGUCAUUUUCUAGUGGAGAUGAAUCCCACUAGAAAACUUGCGAUAGUUAGCAUCUUAUUCUACGUCCAGGCUGCAAGUCAAUUACGGUCUCCAGCCCCAACACAGUCAGGCUUUGCAGAAGACUCAUGGUUAGCAAUUAUCUUCAUUUCUAACACAGCCAAAACUCAGCAUUUCCCACCUGGCUUUUGAGGCUGGGCACUGAACAGCAGUAUAGGUCUGUCUCUGUAAAAAUGAUGGAGAAAGCUCUUGCCACAGGUGUUGGUGUGCUCCCAGGGAACAUUCACCUAACAUUCCUGGAGUGGAAGAAAGUGACAAAAAUAAUCACUUUCCCGUGCUGUACUGCUGGGGAGGGAGGGUCUGAUGCAUGUUUCUCCCUAUGUCUAUAAAGCUUCUAUGUCCCACUGUUAUAAGGAGUGAAAGCAGCGAGACUCCAAUGGAGCUGGAGUCUAAGCAGGUUUUCUACACAGGCUUCCUCUGCCAAUCCUAUGGGACUCUGAUGAAUUUGUGAUGUAGGCACAUAGUUGCCUACACCUCUGCCAAUGCUCCUCUGUCCCUUCCAUUUGGCAUGCAGUUCCGCACAGAAACACACACGCUCCCAGUCUCACAUGUGCUCUUGUGCUCAUUACCGUAACACUUCGUUUGUCUGGGUAUUUUUUACACAUGCGCCAACAUAGAGUGCUUAUGAAAAGAAAAUUAUACACAGAUAUAGUCCUGCAUGG